UGCAGGCUUAACGUUGGGUGUUGGUCAGAACCUGGAAUCGAUACCAUUCGGCCUACUGAAUUCGCCUGAGACCUAUCAUAGGGCAAGGACUGAUAGCGUUGAAAUUCCCUGACGCAGCAUGGGGCAAAGCCAAUCGUCAGGAGGGACCGGUGGGGACAAGAAGGAUGACAAGGACAAGAAGAAGCGUUAUGAGCCACCUGUUCCCACGAGGGUCGGCAAGAGGAAGCGCAUGAAGGGACCAGAUGCCGCCAACAAACUGCCUGCCGUGACACCUCACACAAGAUGCAGACUGAAGUUGCUCAAGAUGGAGCGUAUCAAAGACUACCUGCUGAUGGAAGAGGAGUUCAUCAAGAAUCAGGAACGUCUCAAACCCCAGGAUGAAAGGAAUGAGGAGGAGAGAUCUAAAGUGGAUGACCUCAGAGGAACUCCCAUGUCAGUGGGUAACUUGGAGGAAAUCAUUGAUGACAACCAUGCCAUCGUGUCAACCUCAGUGGGAAGUGAACAUUACGUGAGCAUCCUGUCCUUUGUUGACAAGGACCAGCUAGAACCAGGAUGCUCAGUUCUCCUGAAUCACAAGGUGCAUGCAGUUGUGGGUGUUCUAAGUGAUGAUACUGAUCCCAUGGUGACCGUGAUGAAAUUGGAGAAGGCUCCACAGGAAACAUAUGCUGACAUAGGAGGCCUGGAUACACAGAUUCAAGAGAUCAAGGAGUCAGUGGAGCUACCCUUGACCCAUCCUGAACUUUAUGAAGAGAUGGGCAUUAAACCCCCUAAAGGAGUGAUCUUAUAUGGCCCCCCUGGCACUGGGAAGACUCUUCUUGCCAAGGCGGUUGCCAAUCAAACCUCUGCCACCUUUCUGCGUGUUGUUGGUUCUGAACUCAUCCAGAAGUAUCUUGGUGACGGACCCAAGCUGGUGCGAGAACUGUUCCGUGUGGCAGAAGAGCAUGCUCCGUCUAUUGUGUUCAUCGAUGAAAUCGAUGCAGUAGGAACAAAAAGAUAUGAGUCUAAUUCUGGAGGUGAACGAGAGAUCCAGCGUACUAUGCUCGAACUUCUCAACCAGCUGGAUGGUUUUGAUUCUCGUGGGGAUGUCAAGGUUGUUAUGGCCACAAAUCGGAUUGAAACACUCGAUCCAGCUCUAAUUCGUCCAGGAAGGAUUGACCGCAAGAUUGAGUUCCCACUGCCGGAUGAAAAGACCAAGAGGAGGAUUUUCCAGAUACACACUUCACGGAUGACCCUUGCACCUGAUGUGAAUCUAGAGGACCUCAUCAUGUCUAAGGAUGACCUCUCAGGAGCUGACAUAAAGGCAAUUUGCACAGAAGGAGGUCUAAUGGCAUUGCGUGAGCGCCGCAUGAAGGUCACCAAUGAAGACUUCAAGAAAUCCCGUGAGAAUGUUCUCUACCGUAAGAAUGAGGGAGCUCCUGAAGGACUAUAUCUAUGAAUGUAUUUCCUGGAGUGUUUUAUGCCUGCUAUGAUCAUUGAGGAGGAAAAUGUGCAAGAUUCUGUCAAA